AUCCCUCUUCAACCUUCUACUUUCUGGAGGGGCACCUUCAACCAGCUCCGCGGUGCACGGGUAGUGGCUUCCUUAGUUGGACAGAAUAACUGAAAAUAAAACUUUUACAUCGUCACAAUGUCGUUCCUCACUAUCACCAGGCUAGCGCCCAAACUUCUUAAUUCAAAGAAUGCCUCUUUCCUAUUUGUGGCUGCCAGAAAUGCCAGCGCAUCAACAACAAAUCUGAAGGAUGUCCUGACAGACCUCAUUCCCAAAGAACAGACCAGGAUCAAGAACUUCAAACAGCAGUAUGGCAAAACCAACAUAGGGCAGAUUACUGUAGACAUGGUCUAUGGAGGUAUGAGGGGCAUGAAGGGUCUGGUGUAUGAAACGUCUGUCUUGGAUCCUGAGGAGGGCAUCCGCUUCAGGGGCUACAGUAUUCCAGAGUGUCAGAAGCUGCUGCCUAAAGCUCCAGGAGGUGAGGAACCACUUCCCGAGGGUCUAUUCUGGCUGCUGGUCACAGGACAGAUCCCAACUGAGGAGCAGGUCAACUGGGUGUCCAAAGAGUGGGCAAAGAGAGCAGCACUUCCCUCUCAUGUUGUCACUAUGUUGGAUAAUUUCCCCACAAACCUGCACCCUAUGUCUCAGUUCAGUGCUGCCAUCACAGCUCUGAACAGUGAGAGCAGCUUUGCACGGGCCUACUCUGAGGGAGUCCACAAGUCCAAGUACUGGGAGUAUGUCUAUGAAGACUCUAUGGACUUGAUUGCCAAGCUCCCUUGCAUUGCCGCCAAGAUCUACCGUAACCUGUAUCGUGAAGGCAGCAGUAUUGGAGCCAUCGACCCCAACCUUGACUGGUCCCACAACUUCACCAACAUGCUGGGCUACAGUGAUCCCCAAUUCACUGAGCUAAUGAGGCUCUACCUCACUAUCCACAGUGAUCAUGAAGGAGGCAAUGUCAGUGCUCACACCAGCCACCUAGUGGGGAGUGCCCUGUCUGACCCCUACCUGUCCUUCAGCGCUGCCAUGAAUGGUUUGGCUGGUCCUCUUCACGGUCUGGCCAAUCAGGAAGUACUGGUGUGGCUGACUGCCCUGCAGAAGGAAUUGGGAGGCGAGGUAUCUGAUGAGAGGAUGAGGGAUUAUAUCUGGAACACACUCAAGUCUGGAAGGGUCGUUCCAGGUUAUGGCCAUGCUGUCCUGAGGAAGACUGACCCACGUUAUACCUGCCAGCGUGAGUUUGCGCUGAAGCAUCUGCCCAGUGACCCCAUGUUUAAGUUGGUUGCUCAGCUUUACAAGAUUGUACCCAAUGUGCGCCUGGAGCAGGGUAAGGCGAAGAACCCCUGGCCCAAUGUAGAUGCUCACAGUGGAGUGCUGCUGCAAUACUACGGAAUGACUGAAAUGAACUACUACACUGUGCUCUUCGGUGUGUCCCGUGCGCUCGGCGUGCUGGCUCAGCUGGUGUGGAGUAGAGCCCUGGGCUUCCCCCUGGAGCGUCCCAAGUCCAUGAGCACAGAUGGACUGAUGUCUUUGGUUGGAGCAAAGUCAGGCUGAAGCACCAACCUGGAAGUAGCUGUGGGUUAGUGUUAAGGGUGGGAGGAGGUGGAAAUAUCAAAAGGCAGACUUCAGUUGACCCCUUGUCAUUUCCAACCCCAGGGAUUUAAUAGGAUUCAAAGAGACAAUAUGCUUUUCAUGUGUUCACAAAAGAAGGGCCUUUUUAAAUUGUCAAAGCAUUAGUGUUUAAGUGUGUUUAGUUAAUCAUUGACAGGUUUUCCAAUCAUGCCUGCGUAUCUGAAACAUAAGUGGUGCACAUACCUGCCCACAAUAGGCUCAAACUAUGUUCCACUUUAAGUCUGCUAACAUUGCUAAGAUUUCCCCUGAGCGAUACAUCUCAUUGGACACUAGUUCUGAACUAAAAAUAGGCAGUGGCAUUCAAAGGGAAUUGUGGGAGUGAACUACACUUCUUUUGUAUUUAAAUAUAUUUAAAUGUAAUAUAAUAUUACAUUUAAAUAUCUGACUAAACCUUUGCCACUUUUGGCCAAUGCAGUGAUGUGUUGUAGAGGAUACAAAAUACAGUUUUGUCACACAGCUCUCAUUUUAGUUCUCCUUCUAUGCAAUGUUGUCAUCCCACCCUGCUGAUUAAUGCAUUUCACUCCCACUUAUGAACACUCCAGUCUAGAAAAAAAGGUCCUCACCAGUUUUAAAAAAAUCAAAAAAAUCCUAGAAAGCUGUUCAAGAAUAUUCAGUUAAAAGACACUGCCCCUUUAAAUCUCUGGUCUCCCCUUUUCCUCUAACUUCUAGUUAUUUCUUUUGAAAGAUGACCUGUAAUACCUCUAUGAUCAAAAUAACAGUCUUUAUUGAAAAUCAUUUCCUUAGUCUUAUUUUCCUAAACAUACUUUGCUAUUUUGUAAUGAGUUUCUUAUCUUUUGAAUGGCUGAGAAUCAGGACUGAUGAAGAGUAGCAGUGAUAAAGAUUUGAGCAAAGGGUGUUGUAAUUGGCAGCCUGUAGGAAAUCCUUAAGAGCAAGCUUGAAUAAAAACAGGAUUGGGGGGAGGGGGGUGCUUUGUAGGUGGGUUUUUUUUUUUUUUUUUAAGUCUCGUCUUAAUUGACUGUAUGUUUGCUUCUUUAUCCCAGCAGCAGAGCAUUUCAAAUGAUGACUUCAGAGUUAGAAGUUGUUUAAUUGGAUUUCCUAAAUUGUAGCAAUAGAAACAAUUGAUUUGUUUCCCAGUUUGAUUGUGUCCGCUUUUGCAGAGUUUUUCGGUGUUGAAUAUGUAUAAAAGUAUAGUCUUUGGGUUUAAUUUUUUUUUUUUUUUUGUGGUUUUAUUUAUACUGUGUACAUAGGUAUAUAUAUGUAUAGCAUUAAUGUAUGAGCUGUAAGCAGUCACUUGCUUAUUAUAACCACAAUGAGCACCACAGUUUACCAGCCGUGUAGUAGUACCCAGUCUCACUAUUAAUGUCCAGUCUCACUGGUCACUGAAGGCCUGAAAAUGAACAAAAUAAAACUGCAGCUAUCUUCUGUAUAUACAGUUUCUUCCCUAGCUCUGUUUCCUCAGCUGGUGCUUUGUUUCAGGUAUUGCACUUGAAU